CAAGAGACUACUCACGGCGCGUUUGGAGCGCCAAGAUGUUCAUGAACAAGAGGCGAGUGAUCCUCUUGGUCGUGGCGCUUCUGCUUGUAACGGCGGAUGCGAGGAAGCGAAAGAGAAAGAAGAACCGGAAGAGCAGAGCAAAUGAUCUGAUCACUCGGAGCAGAAGACAAGGAGAGCCGGACCCACCAGCGGAUUGCCCGGUUUGUCCAGCGGGACCUGCAGGACAACCAGGACCCCCAGGACCACCCGGUGAGAACGGAAUCCAAGGAGAUCCUGGACCAGAUGGUUUCGCUGGAAUUGAUGGACUUGAUGGUGAAAGAGGACCACCAGGACCCCAGGGGUUUCAGGGAGUCUCUGGUCAAAAGGGAGAACCAGGAGAAAUUGGUGCACCUGGAACAGAGGGACUCAUUGGACCUGCAGGGAUACCGGGAAGCCUUGGGUUACCUGGUCCAGCUGGCCCACAAGGACCUCCAGGUGAUGUGAACACCGUUGAGGGACCUCCUGGACGACCAGGUGCUCCUGGACCAAGGGGACCACCAGGACUUCCCGGACCAUCUGGAGGCGCUACGGCUGGUGAUAUUGGUUCAGGGGCUGAUCCAUCUGGCCCAGUCUAUGUUGGACCACCAGGUUAUCCCGGACCCAAGGGUCAUAAGGGAUACAAAGGUGAACCCGGUCCUGAUGGAAAACAAGGUCCAAAGGGUGAUGCCGGUCCUGAGGGAGAACAAGGACCAGCUGGUCCUGGCGGUGAAUCUGGUCCACGUGGGGCACGAGGUUACCCGGGAGAAGAUGGGAGAAAGGGAGAAGUAGGCCCUGCAGGAGUACCUGGAGAAAUGGGUGCACCUGGUGAACAAGGUUUACAGGGAGCUGAAGGUCCUCCUGGAGUCCCAGGAGAGAGGGGAGCCAAGGGAGGAACUGGGGAUCGAGGUCCUCUUGGAAACCCUGGAGGACCCGGACUUCCUGGAGAACCGGGUCUACCCGGUAGAAAUGGAGCUGAUGGUAUCCCAGGAACCCCAGGAGAACGGGGACGACCAGGAGAGUCAGGACCAAAAGGAACAGAAGGUGCCAUAGGAGCUCCUGUAUUAACAGGGUAAUUCGGAGAACAAGGUAUUCAGGGUCAACCUGGUGAACGUGGAUUCCCUGGAAUCAAAGGACACAAAGGAGCAUCUGGUAUGACUGGCGCCAAGGGAGAACCUGGUAAUGAUGGAAAUGAGGGACCAGAAGGCAACCCUGGACCACAGGGAACUGCUGGAACUCCAGGAGAACGUGGAUCACCAGGAACACCGGGUGAAAAUGGGCAACGUGGGCCAGGUGGACCACCGGGCAUCAUUGGACCAGAAGGACCCAGGGGCCAAUCUGGGCCACGAGGACCACAAGGAGAAUCUGGACCAAGAGGCGUCCCUGGAUUACAAGGCCCUCCUGGGCGCAUGCCAAGUGACCAAAAGAUUCUGGAAGUUUGCCGUAGGGUGCUUCGAGAUGAGAUGAGAGGUAUGAUGGCAGCAAAGACCCCGAGGUUCAUCACUGGUGGAGCUCCUGGAAGACCUGGACCUGUUGGACCACCUGGACAGCAAGGACCACAAGGACAAUCUGGUCUUCCUGGUAAAACUGGAAUGCAAGGUGCACAGGGUGUUCCUGGAAUGCCUGGACGUACUGGACCCAAAGGAUUUGGUGGUGAUAAAGGUGACAGAGGAGCGCCAGGAAUUGGCAGCGUUGGUCUUCCAGGACCUGCUGGUCCUCCAGGACCCCAAGGAUCACCAGGGUUUGGUAAAGAUGGUCGUAACGGAGAACGUGGUGAACCCGGCUUACCUGGACCCACAGGUUACAUUGGGCCACAGGGUUCUGUUGGUCCUCCUGGUUACUGCGACCCAUCUACUUGCUUGAUGGGUCAAGUCCGUGGCAUUCAACAACCUAAAGGUCCAAAUGGCCAGAAAGGUCCUGAUGCAGCGGACAGCCCAUUGGGCUCAGAACCACCUGCGGGCACAAACCGUCGCCGUGCUGCACGUACCCGCCACCGACCCGAGAUGAAUGAUAUUCAGUUUUAA